AUGCGCAAGACUUAUAACAAUAUCCAGAAACUGAAGAUGCUCUUUCACAAAAAGCCGAAAGAACCUAGCAAGGAGGAGAUCCUACCACAGCAGCCGAAUGGUGAGAUAGUGAACACUGGCGGAGGAGUGCUCUACUACUAUUACGAGGAGGAUGAAGAAGAGGAAGAGGAAGAGGAAAAUGAUCUGCCUCCCCCUGAGCCCCCUAAACCUGUCAAUGACAAACCCCACAAGUUCAAAGACCACUACUUCAAGAAGCCAAAGUUCUGUGAUGUCUGUGCACGAAUGAUUGUCCUUAACAACAAGUUCGGCUUGAGGUGCAAAAAUUGCAAAACCAAUAUCCACCAUCACUGCCAGUCUUACGUGGAGUUUCAGAGGUGUUUUGGAAAGAUUCCUCCUGGUUUUCGCCGUGCCUACAGCUCUCCCCUCUACAGCAACCAGCAGUUUGCCUGCAUCAAGGAGCUCCUGCCUUUCUCUGCUGCCAACCGCUCCGACCCGGUUUAUGAGACACUGAGGACAGGAGUAGUGAUGGCAAAUCGCGAGAGGAAGAAGAACUCUGAGGGCAAAAAAAAUCCUGCGCAAAUGGUUGAUGAAGAACUUGAUAAUCCCAAGCCUGGGGAAGAGCACGGGUCAGGAGGUAGGUCUGGGGGCAGCAAAGCACCAGACAAAAAGGACAAGAAUAAUCCCGAUGAGGCCAAGAACAAAAAGCCCCAGCCAGGCAUGCGAGGUGGUUUCGCACAGACUCACUAUUUUGUAGCAUUGUACAGAUACAAAGCACAGGAGAAAGAUGACCUGGAUUUCCAUGCAGGGGACAGAGUAACUGUCUUUGAUGACUCCAAUGAAGAAUGGUGGAAGGGAAGAAUCGGAGAGAAGUCUGGCUACUUCCCAGCAAACUACAUCAUAAGAGUGCGUGCAGGAGAACGUGUUCACAAAGUUAUCCGCUCAUUUGUUGGCAAUAAGGAAAUGGGCCAGAUUACUCUGAAGAAGGAUCAGAUUGUUGUGCAGAAAGGUGAGGAGGUCAAUGGCUACAUCAAGGUGUUCACUGGCAGGAAGGUGGGAAUGUUCCCUGUCGACUUCCUGGAGGAAAUCUGA